AUGAACGACCUCAUCUCCGGAUCCUUCAAACGUUCAUACACAGAUCUGAAAAGGCAGGCAGAACAUGACUUGGAGUUUGGCGGCGGGGUGGUCGGCCCUGCCCCAGGAGGCGGCACCGCCAGUGACGACGACGGCGGAGCUGACCUCGACCACUUCUUCCAGGUGGUGGAGAACGUCAAGGAGGACAUGCAGUCCAUGGAGAAACUCUACCGGCAGCUGCAAGCCGCCAACGAGGAAGCGAAACGCGCCCACGACGCUGCCACCAUCAAGGAUCUCCGCUGCCGGAUGGAUGCGGACGUGGAGAAGGUGCUCAAGCUCGCGCAGCUCAUCAAGGCCAAGAUCACCGCGCUCGAGAAAUCUAACGCCGUCCACCGCAACAUCCCCGGCUGCGGUCCCGGCAGCUCCGCCGACCGGACCCGGACGUCCGUUGUGGGGGGCCUGGGCCGGAAGCUCAAGGACACCAUGGACGACUUCCAGGGGCUGAGAGUGCGGAUGGCGGCUGAGUACCGCGAGACCGUCGAACGGCGCUUCUUCACCGUUACCGGCAAGGCGCCGGACGAGCAGACGGUGGAGCGGCUGAUCGAGACCGGCGAGAGCGAGAACUUUCUCCGGCAGGCCAUACAGCAGCAAGGCCGGGGACAGAUAAUGGACACCAUUUCUGAGAUUCAAGAGCGGCACGACGCGGUGAAGGAGAUAGAGAGGGGUCUGCUGGACUUGCACCAAAUCUUCCUGGACAUGGCGGCUCUGGUGGAGGCGCAGGGCCAGCAGCUCAACGACAUAGAGAGACACGUCGCCCAUGCGAGCUCCUUCGUGACCAAUGGCGUUGUUCAGCUGGAGACGGCCAGGGAGUACCAGAAGAGCUCCAGGAAGUGGACCUGCAUCGCCAUUGCUCUCGGUGCGGUGGUCAUCGUCAUCAUAGUCAUACCAGUGGUAGCUUCCUUGAGAAGAUCAUCUUGA